CGCCAUCAUUUGCUGCUCCAUUCGAAUUUCGAACGCCGCCGGCCGCUCCGCUCCACCCCCCAAUCCCUCCACGCGAAAAGCCACGCCGCGCACCAAAGCGGCGUCACGACACCACACUCCACUCUAGCCACAGGCCACAGCCAAGCGGCGGCAGCUCCGGCAGCGCGGCUAGCAGGAGGAGAGAGAGAUGAGGAAGGCGGCCGCGGCCUCGCGCUACGCCUCCUACGACGACUCCCCGUCGCCCUCCCCGUCCCCGCGCCGCGCCGGGCCCGCCGCCGCCGCAUCGGGGACGCCGGGGCAGCAGCACGGGAGCCGCGCGCUGGUCGCCGUCAGAUCCGGCCGCGGCGACCUGCGCUGCCAGGCGCCGCAGCCCCAGCCGCACGGCAACCUGGGCUCCGUGCUCCGGCGGCUCAUCUCCAUGGACAAGAAGCCCAGCGCCAAGAACCUGCUCCCCGUCCCUCCCGCCGCCGCCGCCGCCCCCGCGAAGAACGGCAGCGGGGCCAAGCUGCCCGGUCUGUCGCGGAAGCUGUUCCAGAAGGCGCCGCCGGAGGCCAAGAAGAAGGCCCUCACCGAGGUCAAGAACAGCGGCAACGCCAACACGCGGACGCUCGCCAUGGUGCUCCGCAGCGAGCGGGAGCUCCUGUCGCAGAACAAGGAGCAGGAGGACGAGAUCGCCGCGCUCCGCCUCCAGCUCCAGCAGAAGGACAGGGAGGUAGAGCGGCUCAAGGAUCUGUGCCUGCGCCAGCGGGAGGAGAUCAGCACGCUCAAGGACGCCGUCCUGUUCCCGGACACUGAGCCGGACCGCCACGUCCGGGAUGAGAUUUCGGCUCUCACCGGGCAGAUCCAAUGCCUCGCCGAUGAGCUCGCCCAGGUCAAGGCCGAGAAGAACACCUCAAGAUCAUGUUUUGAUGAUGAAUAUUGCUCCUCCCCAAGCACGCCCGUGCUUAACGAGGAGACCGCCUUCUCUCUGGAGUGCAGCAUCGGCGAAGCGGAGACGCCACCAAACUAUGGUAGCCCUGACGAAAUGUUCGUCAAAGAUCUCAACCCCUGCCUAACACCUUUCUCCAAGAGCAGAUCCGAGGAGUAUGAGGAAUCCUUGAGCUCUCACCGCAGCAAGGCGAGGCCGGACCCCCACCUCUCCAGCUCGCGCCGCAGGCCGAUGUCGAAGAGCUCCGACCACCAUCACAAGCCCACCUCGGGCACGGGGAGCAGCAAGCGGCGAGCGCACCGGUCCGACCAGGACAAGUCCUGCCAGAACCUGUUUUAGACCGUGAGUGAGCUCGGGCGUUGGAGUUGUUGUGUAAUAAUGAUGUGCUAUGCUAUGCUAUGUGUGCGUGUGGUUGCGAGCUUGGUUGUGCUUUGGUUCUUGAUGGUCGAUGCCUGCCAGAUGUAUGAACUCUGAUGGUUUGAUAUGUUUUUUCCUGGAGAGAUUCAGCCGUAAUGUUUCGCUCGUGAUUUCUGAAUUGUGACAGGGAUGUUAUUUUUUCAA